GAGAGAGAAGAGGGAGAGGACAAGGGGAACACAGAUAGCUGCAAAUCCAGACCUCAGCAGCAGCCUCAUUUUCACUACAGCAAAGCCGCAGCACUUUUAUUCAUCCUCCAACAUCAUGCUGAGGAAGGGCUCAGAGCUGGUGAAGGGUGACCGAGAAGUCCUCCUUGCUCUGGACUAUGGGGGUGAAGCACAAUCCACAGAGAGCUAUGGGAGUCUGCAGAAUGGGGGCUUCAUCCCACCAAGAUACCUUUCGGCCGCAGCUGCUGACGAAGAUAUGGAUGACGAUGAUCCAAUUUACAUUCACUGUAACACAAGCAGUAACCAGCCAGUUGCACAGCUGGGGAAUUACUUCAGAGAUGGAAGAACUAAAAUUGACUUUGUACUGGUGUGGGAGGUUCGCUCGCGGAGGAAGCGGCGAGGGAAGGGGAAGAGUGAGGUGACCAGUGAGGAGGGGGAGGCUGUGCCCACUGAGGAGAGCAGCAGGUCUCAGCGAAGGAAGGCACAGUUGGCACAGUGGAGGGAGAAGUUUGUUCAGAAUCUGAAGAGUGCUGGAUUGCUCAUGGAAAAGGAGGAAAAAGCGAAUGAAAAGAAAACAAUACAUUUUCUGAAACUUAGUGCUCCCUGGGAUGUACUGGUGUAUUAUGCUGAGGAACUCUGUCUGAGAGCUCCAUUGCAGGCACAGCCAAAUCUGGACUUUAACACAUCUGCUCAGGUACUGAAAAGACUAUGCAUACCUAAUGUAAUGAGAGAGUCAGUGCCAAACAGGCCACUGGACUAUUACACAUGUGCCUUUCGCAAGUCAAAGAUGAACAGAUUCCUUGGCUGUGACGACCAUGAAACCUACUUCACUAAUACACAGAGACACCGUGUUGUGUAUGAGAUUCUUGCCAGGACAGUUUAUGGCAAAAAGAAGAGGGCUGAAGUUGGUGUGGACAGACUGAUAAAUGAAGGGGCAUACACUGCUGCUUUCCCUCUGCAUGAGGGCCCUUUUCAGCUUCCAAGGUUUGAGAUCCGUCCUGACGAGCUAAAUCAGAGGCAGGUUCUUCACCACUACUGGGCUCGCUGGUGCCAGUGGUACAAGUACCAACCACUGGACCACAUCAGGGAGUACUUUGGAGAGAAGAUUGCACUCUACUUUGCUUGGCUGGGUUUCUACACAGCCUGGCUGCUGCCGGCGGCAGUGGUGGGAACCCUGGUCUUUGUGUCUGGAGUCAUGUCCAUGGGUACCAAUACACCAGCUAAGGAAAUCUGUACCAGCGGAGCCAGUUAUCUGAUGUGUCCUCUCUGUAAUACAUGUAAGGCUUGGAACAUGUCUGAUAUCUGCACCAUGGCUAAGAUGGGCUACUUAUUUGACCACCCAGGUACAGUCCUCUUCAGCGUGUUCAUGUCCUUCUGGGCCGUAACCUUUCUGGAGUACUGGAAGCGCAAGAUGGCCACCCUGGCCCAUCACUGGGACUGCAUGGACUUCCAUGAAGAAGAGGAGCGUCCUCGACCGGAGUUUGCAGCCAUGGCCCCAACUAUGGAGCAAAAUCCAGUGACUGGGGUCAAAGAGCCCUACUUUCCAGAAAAGACCAGGCUGUCCCGCAUGUUCACUGGCUCCAUGGUCAUUAUUAUGAUGCUGUGUGUGGUGAUGAUCUUCCUGGUGACAGUGGUCAUGUGCCGUGGUGUCAUCAGUGUGAUGAUGUUCCAUACUGGGAGCCCCGUCCUGCGUACAGAGGCAGCGACCAUAGCCAACAUCUCCAGCAGUAUUGUGAAUCUGGGCCUCAUCCUGUUGAUGGGCCGGGUCUACACUGCAUUAGCUGAGCAGCUCACUAAAUGGGAGAUGCACAGAACACAAACACAGUAUGACAAUGCCUUCAUCUUCAAGGUGUUCAUAUUCCAGUUUGUCAACUUCUACUCUUCUCCUUUCUAUGUGGCUUUCUUUAAAGGAAGGUUUGUGGGUUAUCCUACCAACUAUGGGACAUUGUUUGGGAUGAGAAAUGAAGAUUGUGGUCCUGGGGGUUGUCUCAUUGAACUAGCUGAGCAACUCUUCAUCAUCAUGGUGGGAAAGCAACUCAUCAACAACAUUCAGGAGUUCAUUAUCCCUAAAGUGAAGGCCUGGCGCCAGAAGAGAACUUUGGCCAAGGUGCUGGGUGGCAAGGCAUCCCAUGAGCCUCGGCGCUGGGAGGCAGACUACCAGCUGGUGGAGUGUGAAGGCCUCUUUGAAGAGUACCUGGAGAUGGUGCUCCAGUUCGGGUUCAUCACCAUCUUCGUGGCAGCAUUCCCCCUCGCUCCGCUCUUCGCCCUUCUCAACAACUGGGUGGAAAUUCGUCUGGACGCCCACAAGUUUGUGUGCGAGUAUCGGAGGCCAGUGGCUGACCGUGCCCAGAACAUCGGCGUGUGGUUCAACAUACUGGAAGCCCUGUCACACCUGUCCGUCAUCGCCAAUGCUUUUCUAAUAGCCUUCACAUCCGAUUUUUUACCUCGUCUGCUCUACCAGUACAAGUUCAACAAUGAUCUCAAUGGAUACGUCAACUUUACCUUGGCUUACGCCCCGCUUAACUUCACUGAGUACCCCAUGUGCAGAUAUAAGGCAUACAGAGACAACAAUGGAAACUACACACUAUUCUACUGGGAGCUCCUUGCUGUCAGACUUGGUUUUAUCAUUGCUUUUGAGCAUGUGGUGUUCUUUGUGCUGCGAGCCAUUGACUGGAUCGUACCUGAUGUCCCUGAGUCCCUCGAGCUGAAAAUCAAGAGGGAGCGCUACCUGGCCAAGCAAGCUCUGGCUGAAAACCAGGAGGCCCUGUUGGUGAGUCAAGGCCGAGGGGCCACCCCUGCCACUACAGGCACUCCCAGCCCAGCAAGCGACACGUCCUUUCGAAACAUGAGUUAGGACUCUACCAUGGAAAAGGAGCGGUGGAAGAGAAUAUUGGAGGGAUUAAAGACACUCCAUUGCAUCUGGGAUAACAUUAGUGUACUUUUUAGCUGAGUCGAUGACUGUCUUGGCACUGGGAUUCUUUGUCAUUUUACUAAUGCAUACUGCCGCACAAACAUUAUGAUAAGCAGGUAUGUAAUGGAGGCUGUGCUCACCCAAAACUCAGUUUAGCUACCUUUUCAUUUGGAGAAUACACUUCACCAACAUUUUCAGGCAGACUCAUCGAAAGACCAUGACUUAUAUACACACUAGGCCUAUACAAGUUACAUCUUCACAAUCUGUCCUUGAUCCAAAAAAAGACCCACGACUAUUUUAUCCGCAUGGGGUACUGACCUACAGCAAGUGGAUCCCAGCCUGAGCAAACUAAAACCUCUUAAAAUUGUGAUUCAUUUAGUUUGAUAAUUGCCCAGUUACUUCAGCAUUACCAGCUUAUGAUGUUAGAACAAGGGCAUGUAUUUAUUUUUUGUGAGGGCAGUAAUUCACAUAAAUAGUACAUAAAUAUUAUUAAAAUUUAAGAAAACAAAAUGUACUGUGUGGUGAAAUGUAAAGGUAAAACUAAAAUGCAACAUUUUCAAAGUAACAGGCAUAGUAUCUACCAUAAUGAUACCACAUCCAUGUCAGUAAUUUGUUGUGUUUCGACCGGCUAGCUAAAGCUGCAGCAUGUAUUCUUAAUGCUAUCAUACUGUCGUCAGGUUUUGUCAGGUCCAGUCAGACACAGCAGUGUUUCACCGGCAGCAGUGUGAGUCGGACUCAGCCUGUGGUUGACUAUAAAGUGUGGACCCAAGACCUUGAUUGGGUCCUCUGGGGUUUGGGUCUGUCCAGUGACCUCUGCUAGACGUUACAUGACAGUGACUUCCGUGAUGUUAAAUUAAUGUUACAUGUUUUUAAAAACAUUGAAGGGGCACUCUGCACUCGGGGCAAUACAGUAAAGGCUGAGAUAUCCUGACUUUUAGUGUGGGUCAGACUCCAGAAACAUUUUCUCCAAAAACAACCAAACAUUGGUUUAAUCGUCAGUAAAAAACAUGAGCAACUGCAUUAGAAGAUAUUUCUGGUUCUUUUAGUCAAAAGAUACUGUGUUAACAGUGAUUCACAAUGUGCACUUUAGUGGGAACCAUCUAAUGAUGGACCUUUUUAGAAAACUGACAAAUGACAAAUUCACUUAAAAAUUCUGGAUCCAUUUUCGAAGAAUUUGGUAAUUCCUAUUUUUGCCUCUGACUGGGUUCUUCUCCAUAGCAACAAUGGCCCAGGCUCAUGGAUACUGUAGUAUUUAGACUGAUGGGGAAAAAAACGGAUUUCUUUAGUAUUUUAAGUAUUUUAAAUGGGAAUUUCCAAUAGGGAAAAUCCUUCUGGAACCAGCGACUGGUCUCACUUGAGUAUUAGCAACUUGAUUAGACUCUCCCUGCCUGGCGAAUGCCCGUGUCUUUCAAGCUCCAUGCCUCCAGUUUGUAGCACACUUUAUAGUCCCUGUUGGCAUCAUCAGGGUUAUUUUUCUCAGACUUGACAAAACUACUCCAGAGUAACAGAUGACAUUAAACAACAGGCUGACAGGCUGAGAAGUACUCAAUAUGAUGGGUAAGCUGAUCUUCUUGUGUAAAAUCAGUGGAGUGCCCCUUUAAUCUGAGUUUAAAUUGGGAUUGUUUUUCCUCAUGAUGACCACCGACUUGAGGUUAAGGUACACCUUCCUUUUACGGCUAGCUGAUACUGUAAGUUGGCAAACACACUUUUUUCUGGCUAAUUUUUAAUAGGCUUUGAUUGUGAGCUGACAGUACAGUUAUUGUUACAUGGAUUUCUGUUGUCUUCACAAUGGGAUUAAAAACACAUCUGCAAACAACUGUAUGCAGUAAGUUCAUGCAAUGCACAUAUACUGUACAUGUUUACUGUCCAUUAAUGCUGAGCAUGCCUUUCUUUUAACUUGAAUCUGCACGGUAUUCAUAUGGAGGAAAUCUACAGGUUGCUUAAUACUGUACAAAAGGGGAGUGAAACAGUACCUCAAUAUAGGACAUAUUUUGUGUGUGGGCUGUUUUGCA